AGGAUUGCGUUUCACUAACAUAGCGUAUAUUUACGCAGCUUUAGGUUUACGCACAGAAUUUACGCCGAACGUAAAUUAUUGCGUACGCCGUUUCACUAAAAUGUGCGCAAAAUUUACGCUGCGCGUAAGUGUUGUUUAGCCUGUCAUGUGCGCGCGGACGCUUGAGAAAGUCAUCGUCUGCAACAGUAUCUACUGUAAACAAUGGACGCGAAAACGAAGGUAAAGAAAGCGAAUUGGUCCAAAAACGAGUUUGAGACGCUCGUUUGCGAGUACGAGAAUAAAUAUGACGUGCUCGAGGGUGGUCUGUCUAUUUCCCUCACUGGAAUGGACAAACGGAAGGCAUGGGAAAGCGUUAUGGACGCUGUCAACAGCACCAGCUUAAUAAGCCGAACUGUUGAUGAAUUUAAGAAGAAGGUUAGCGACCUGAAGGUGAAGGCCCAUAAAAAAGAAAGAGCCAGGGUGCAGUAUGAGCGGGGCACGGGUGGAGGACCCCCUUCAGAGGAAUUGGGUCCUCUAGAAAAAAAGAUGCUGGAACUCCUUCCUUUGGAAUCGGUACAUGGCCAUGAAGAUGGUUUUGAUACCUUCAAGCCCAGUUCUUCAUGUAUUCCAUAAUUCCAUGAACUACCACAAGCACUGGCCGAGAUAAAAGUUGUUUUGUAUGCAAUUGUAUAAAUAUAUAAAGAUUAAUGAUAAUUGCUUAAAAGUGACAUUUAUAUGUUAUGCAUUACAAAUACAUGGAAGUUGUUAUUUAUAAUUGUGUUCGGUUUAUGAUCAAUAUAUUGAUUUAUUUGCAUGAGCACUGCAUUUAUGAAACUUAAUUUAUGAAAUUUAUAUUAUAGCAUCAAUGCAUGGUCUGGGUAACUCAUCCAAGUCUGCUGUAAUUGAAUACAAGGUUGAUGACAGCACGCCUGAGCCCAGUGAUAUUCAGUGUCAGCAAAGUCAGAAAGCUGCCAGUGUGAGUUCCACACCAAGCAAAAGAGAGAAGACGCCACAGAAAAGGAAAAUAGGUGAUGUUACAGCUUACCAGGAAAGGCUGAUAGACUUACAAGAGCAGCAGCUCAAACUAAAGCAAAUGAAAAUAGAGGAAAUGCAGAAGAUGCGAAAGGUUGAAGAGCAGAAGUUGGAGGAAUUGAAGAAGAUCCAUACUUCUGUGGAUGCCCUUUUGUCAUUUGUUAUGCUAAAUCAGUGUUAA